AUAUGCGGGCUUUUACUAGAUAUAAAAUGGCUGUUUCCAGUACAGCCACUGACUACGAGGGGCCCACUAAGGUUGAGGUUCAGCUGAAUGCAGAUUUGAAAAUGUACCAGGAGCAGCUUGAUGCUAUUUCUGAGUGUAUUCUGUCAAGUCAGGAUGCAGAUGUCACAGACUUCAUUGAAGUAAAGAAUGAUUUACAACAGUUAAUAUCUAUCACCAAAGACCGAAUUUUGGAAUUGGCAAAGGAGAGGCUACUUCAGUCAAUAGAUACAUGUGAUGAUAAAAAAAAAUUUGAAGACCUUUGUAUUGACAAGUCAGCACCACUUGAUCAAUAUGGUGACUUAAAAGGAAUGAGAUGCCAAGCUCCACUAAAGGAGUCGUGGGGCACAGCAUUAUAUCAUAAUGCUAUGAUUCAUAAUCGUUUAGAAGGUGGUGAUGGGGCUGAUUUUAAUGUAACUGUUCUCUUCACUAAUCCAUGUUUUAAUUUUAUGAAAGUAUGUCCUUUUUUUCUGGAAGGAAGGUGUAAGUUUACAUCAGAGAACUGUCGAUAUUCUCAUGGCCAUGUUGUGUCAUUUUCUGACUUGAAACCAUAUUACAAACCAGAUUAUAGUAACAUCAGUGUUGGUACUCGUUGUCUCGUUAAACAGCCCGAUGAAUUGUGGCAUGAAGCAACUGUUAGUUUUAUUGAAAUUGACAAAGUAGUUGUGAAGUUUGUCACACAAAAGCAAGAUGCUGAAGUUCCCUUAGCAGAUGUGUUGCCACUUGAAGAAAAUUUUAACUCAAGUAUUUUUGAAGACUUGGAAGAUGAUAUUGACAAUGAGCAAAGUAAGGAUGAAGAACAUGAAAAAGUGCAAGACAUAGAGUUUAAUGAUAUUCGACAGCUGGAGGAGUCUACUGCUAACAGAAUUGGAGAGUGGGAAAAGCACACUAAAGGAAUUGGAUCUAAAUUAAUGGCAAAAAUGGGCUAUGUUACUGGUCAAGGUCUAGGAAAGUCCAGUGAUGGUAGACUAGAACCAGUUAAAAUUGAGAUUUUACCUCCUGGAAAGUCACUUGAUGCUUGUGCAGCUAUGAGGGAAAGUAAAAACAGACCUAGCAAAAGUCACAUCAAGAAGGUGACAAAGUCAGAAUUAGAACAUUCAUCAAGUGACACUUUUGAUUUUUUAAACAGGACUAUUUCUGGACGAAGUAAGCAUGCACAUGUUGCGUUAGAUCCAAUGGCUAAAAGAGAUAUGAAAGGAGAUCUUAAUUUACAGUUAUUCUCAGUUCAAGAAGAUUUGAGAAAUGUUGAUAAGAAAUUGCUAUCACUUGGCCAAUCACUGGGACGAAACCAAGAUAAAGACUCGGCAAUUUAUAGUCAAAUUAAACAGAAGGUCACUAGCAUACAGAAGCAAAAGGAAGAACUGAGACACAUAGAAAAGAAGAUACUGUCGAAAAUUGAAAAGAACAGCAAUAAAAAGAAGUUGAUAAACUUUUAAUUAUUUAUGCACCAGUAAUAGUACAUCUAAUUCUGAAAAACCAUUUUAAUCAUAA